AUGGCAAAUUUUACGUUUUCAACUGAUAAUCCUUUUAUUUAUAAAGACAACUGCAAUAUACUUCAAAGCGUAUUUGAUCCUAACAAUUCCGGCGUUGGAAGGUCCAUCGGAGACGUUGAUGUCCGUUUAGGCAAGAUAAAGGUUGCCACUAACACGCAGAAAAAGUAUAAAACCUUCUACAGAGAUCCGGAACUAUCCUUACUUCCAGCGGAUUUGCUGGGUCCGCAUCGUCACUUGUAUCUAGUCGUCUUUCAUCCUGUACACGAGGAUUCGUUCUUAGCCUGUGCCAGGAUCAAUCAUCGCAAACCGAUACAUGCUAUAGCCAUCAUUAAUUCACGUGGAAUCAAGGGAAAAGUUACGGCUAUUCAGGAAACGCCAUUCGAUCCAACGUGGGUCAACAUCUCAUUAACAACUAUUAACGAUCUGGAAACCAGAUUACGGUACGCCACCAAAGUAGCGUCUUACAGGAUUCACGAAUUACCUGCGGAACCGGCGAAAAGUGUAGGACUUACUAUUGACCAAUGUCUGACUACUAAGAACUUGUUCAACCCUUCAAAUAUUGAUGAGAACACUAUCCCCCCAGCAGGUUUCGGUACUCAGGAUCAGUACGCUGUUGGCGACCUGUCCGGCAAGCUUCAGGGUCGAAAGGAAGGCUCUUAUCACAAUGACAUUCUACCCGGAAGUGCAAAACUUAGUGGGAUUUAUUGGGACACGUAUCUGCCGCUUUCUGGAGUCCACAGUAUCAUUCACAGAUCCUUAGUACUUUACAAGUACAAUGAAACCGAUAAUAAAGGCGUGAUACCAUGGGUAUGUGGCAUGUUCGCGCUCUACGCACCGCAUACUGAUUCGCAAAUGCCCAUGUACACGGCCGAAGUGGUAUUCAGGUAUCCCAUCGUCGGGCGAAUAGUUUUCCGACAACCCAGAGAUGAUCCUGACAUGGACACUACUAUAAUAAUGGAACAUCUUGUUCAUGCGGAUGGCAAUGCAAUAAAUAACACCGCAGGCCACAGAUGGAUGGUGCACGAUCAUCCACCAGGCAAAGAUUUUUACAAUUGGACUGGUCGAUGCUUGAGCGUUGGAUCACCUUAUAAUCCGCACAAGGUGGAGUGGAAGUCAGACAGCUCUUGUUUUAUUUCGGAGCCAUCCUUAUGCCGCUUGGGCGAUUUGACGAGGCACGGAAUACUCGAAAUUGCCGGCAGGAAAGCCAAUGCGUCGGUGUUAACUCGCAAGCUCUUCACGGACUCAAUGUUACCCCUAUCAGGAUCUCACACAUUGUUCGGCAAGAGUCUAGUCAUUUACGACGAUCACGGUCCAGUCGCGAGAGGAGACAGAUUGGCUUGUUCCAUUAUCAGCGGGGUCUAUCGGCGUAAAGCGGUCGUCAGAGAUUGGUUUGGGAAUGGCGAGCAAGUAUCUCUAAGAGGAAAACUAGAGUUUCUACAACAGACCGAAUAUGAUGCCACUAACGUGGAGGUGUCUCUCGAGGGUCUCGGUGGGAAGAUGAGCGGAUAUCACGUGCACAUGACACCCGUAGAAUAUGAUUUGGAGUUUCCGUGCGAGGGAACGUCGCUCUACGGACACUGGAAUCCGUUGGGCGUCAACACGAGCGACGUGCCGAUGAUGGAGGAAGGUACUCUGGACCAAUACGAGAUGGGUGAUCUAAGCGGGAAGUUCGGCACCCUGGACAACAAAAAGAGGUACACGACAACGUACAACGACACUAUGCUGCCACUGUUCGGGCCACGAAGUAUACUGGGCCGCAGCGUGGUGAUACAUAAAAAAGAAAAAAAUUUACGAUGGGCGUGCUCCACUAUCGAGAGAGGAUAUUCCCCAGCCGAUGCGAGUGAAUUACGCGCUAUCGCGUCGUUCCAUCAUCCACAAGGCUUCGCGUAUGGUUACAUAAGAAUGACGCAACUUGUGUACAAGGACGGUAGCCAAAGUGAGACGGUGAUCGAAGUAAACUUACGCCAUCCUGGGAAGCACGAUCGCAAUAUCACCAGAAAUCACAACUGGGCGAUAUACGUAAAUCCCGUUGGCGUGGAUGCUGCGGUGAAGGUGAAGGACACCCGAUGCGUGGCGGGUGGAUACACCUGGAAUCCUUACUUCACGCAACUAGCAGAUCCACUGAAUGAAGAUCUCUAUAGAGAGGAGUGUGGUCCAGAUUUGCCACUCAGAUGUUACGUCGGCGACGUAUCGUCUCGCCUCGGGCCGAUUAAUAUUGGAGAGAAGCGACAAGUACUUACAGAUCCAAAUUUCCCUCUGGGCGGGCAGGCAGAGCUAUCCGCUUUAGGCAGAUCUAUUGUUAUUUUUGAUAAGGAUUUUGGCAGCAACAGAUACGCGUGUGCGAACAUCGAGCCCGACAACGACAUCGUGAAGUACGCGAACAUUAGGAAACCACCGCGAUUCGUGGUAGCGCAAUUUUUGGAAGACGUUAGAAAAGUGAUGGGAAUCCCUGAAUGGAUGCUAUCUACUGACAACCGAAAAACCAAGAUAUUACAUAACGGCGCAUGUAUCCAAUUUCUUCUGCAUUUUAAAGGCCCAAUCGCCAAUAAGCUGGAACAAGAUUUUAGCAAACUUAUAUCGAUUGGUAAACUCGAGACUCCCAGUUUAUACAUUCCUGGAUACAUACCGACAAAAAGAAAAAGCACAUUGGGACACCGACAGUGCGGCGUGCGUGAUCCAGAUGACAAAAAUAGGCGUUGUACCCGGGGCAGGCCACCCCUGCUCGGGCAACCUCCGGCAGCUGGUGGGGGAGAUCCACAAAAGUUACUUAGACAAGUUCAGCUCUAUGAUUCGGACAGUUGGUUCGUCGCGGAUAAGGAGAAGAAGAAAAAGACCAAGAAGAAGGAGGAGGCGGCUGCUGCACCCGAACCUGAGCCAGCACCAGUGGAAGAGAAGGCACCAACUCCUACAGGCACACCAAAGGAAUCUGGCUCUGCUAGGGCGAGCAGCCGCGGCAGCCGCAAGGCUAAGCGCAGCGGAUCCAAUGUCUUCUCCAUGUUCUCUCAGAAACAGGUGGCCGAGUUUAAGGAGGCAUUCCAGCUAAUGGACGCGGACAAGGACGGUAUCAUCGGCAAAAAUGAUCUCCGCGCUGCUUUUGAUUCUGUUGGCCGACUCGCGACCGAUAAGGAGAUCGAGGAGAUGCUCAACGAAGCUGCAGCGCCCAUCAAUUUCACCCAGUUGUUGAACCUGUUCGCUGUUCGUAUGUCGGGUUCAGGUGCCGACGACGACGACGUUGUAAUCAAUGCCUUCAAGACAUUCGACAACAACGGCAAAAUCGAUGGUGAAAGGUUAAGGCAUGCUCUCAUGACGUGGGGCGACAAAUUCACGCCGAAAGAGGUGAAUGACGCGUACGAUCAGAUGUACAUUGACGACAAGGGUUUCAUCGAUACCGCGAGCUUAAUCGCUAUGUUGACCGGCACAGGCGAAGAAGAGGAGGAAUAAGAUCAACCAGAGUUACAUCAUCAGGAAGAAAACGUUCCUCGAUUAUGAAGCCUCGUUUCAACGUCAGAUUCCGCAAAACUUGCCUCAAAAGAGAAUAACUACUUCAAGUUUAAUCCCAUUUCUUUUAUCCUUCUCUUUCGAUACAGUUUCAUUGAUUGAUUGUUGAUAAAAGUAUGGCGAGGACGAAGCAACUGCCGAAUUGUUCGGUCAGUACGGACCGAAAAUUCUCUCUCUCUCUCUUUCGAUCUCUUAAAUCUGUUCGUCCCUGGUUUUCUUUUUGUCUUUCUUCUUAUUUCUCUCUUUUUCUCAUUCUUUCUGGUUUUCCUCCUUGAUUUUCUCUAUCUGUUUUAGAUUUCGUCUUGCUAAUUCUGUCUCUAUAUUUUUCUGCCUAUCUUCGGCUCUCUUUUUUCCGUUUCUCUGUCUCUCUCUCUUUCUGCAUUUUGUCUGUCUCACUUUAUCUAUCUUCUUUCAUCUUGAUCUUUUUUGUCUCUGUCCUUCUGUAUCUUUUUAUCUUAUAUUCAAGUUCUGACAUUCUCUUCAUCUUUUGUCUUUCUCUCUCUCUGUCUAGUCGUUUCCUAUUUCCUCUUUCUUUAUUUUUGCUCUCUUAUAUAUACAUUUUGUCAUCCUUUAAUUUCCAAAGAGCACUGCUGAUUUCGGACGGAACAGCGAGUCCGAGAAGCGCAAUGAAUUCUAUAUAGCACAAUUCUGCCGAAUGUACAGACCGCAUAUCUGUCGAUAAACGGAGCUUCAUCAUGUCACUUCAUCGUUCGCAUAAUAAAAGUAAUUAAAUUAAAAAAGUCUACGAAAGCUCUCUAAUUUCGAUCCGUCGAUUUAGCCUCUUACAAUCUGAACGAGACCAAUGGAGAACGUUAAGUUUCGCUGUCUGGAUAUGCGGCAAUCUCACGUCGAGUUCAAUUCACGGAAAUACAUUGUCGAUCGUUGGCCUGAAUUUUUUUAUAGAUGUACCUCAGAUGUUACGUUCUGCAUACAAAAAAUGCUAUCUGAAGAAUAUUAUAUAUUCAAUGUAUAACGAAUGUAACACGAUAAUAAAGGAAUCAUUGGUGGCCGAGUAA